CGGGUGUAGAAUGUGAGUCGCUUGUGUUGAGCAUCAGUGUGAGUGGACAUGCCUGCGAUUUCGCAGUAACGGUUUUGAAACCAUGGAGAUCAUCCCCCCGUCCUGGUCGCCAAACACCACCAUGACCCAUGUCCAUUGUCGACGAGUGGCGCAGCGCGAAUGUAUUCAUGACUGUGUCGACAAACAAAACAAUACACCACUCAUUCAGCCACGCUCAGCCUUGACCUUGGUGCCCUUGGAGGCCUUGGGUGCGGGAGUGAAGGAGUGACGCUCUCUGGGGGAGCGUUCACUCAUGACGCCAGCAAUGAUCUUUGGGGUGCAGAGAAGCCAGUUGAGAACAUUGACGCGAUUGAGAGCGAGAAAGACAGGACUGGGUGCUGCGGGUCCGAGGCUCACCUUGCUGACGGCAUCCGUAUCGAUGGCCUCGCCUCUGUCCGAGACAGACAUGAGUGCACUCACGAUCCUGGCGAGUUCCUCGGCCUUCUUGGCAUCGGCGGCCUUCUGCUCGGGGGAGACAAAAGCAGAUAGGAGCGCGUGGGAUACCGGUCGUGCCACUCACAAACAUUGCGACCAUGAAGCGACUUGCACGAACAGCGGAUCUUCAAGUCGGACUUCUUGGUCAUGUGGGUGCAGCGACCCACAUAGUCCGCUUCGGGGAAGCGGCGGUGAUGGAAGCACCCGUCAAAGCCCUCCAUGCAGGACUUGGAGCACUGCAGAGUGUAACCCGACAUGCCGGUGGCAUAGGGGCAUCGAUGGUUGUAGCCAGGCUUGGUACAAUGCACGUUGCAUUUGAGGCCGGUCUGGACAGCGCGGCCGGGGCAGCGAGUGCCAUCUUCGAGGACUUCAGCGCAACGGAGGGAGCGCAGAGGGACAGCGGAAGAGGCGGAAGGAGUAGACAUGUCUGUAUCUGAAUAGAAAGUGGGUGUGUCAGUGACUGGGAUCAUGUCAGCAUCCU